GUGUGUGUGUGUGUGUGUGUGUGUGCUGACAGGACGCUGGUAGACAGAAGCCAUCAGGUCCCAGUGAAGAAGACCACACGAGCAUCACAACACUGGAUUAUUACCAGCAAACACCGGGCCCUCCAGAGGAGGGCAGCGUGACACCAACUCUCAUCCCGCCGGGUCGUCGUGCUGUGAGCGCCAUCAGGGUCACACCUUUGUCGACCAUGAAAGGAUCUCCUGACCUGAUUCCUACUGCAGGCCUGGACCCCAGCAAGGUGUGCAAAGGGAAAGGAGUGGUGACUCUGAAGGCCACCCUGGUGCACUUAGAUGAUGAAGGCAGCGCCGGGCCAAGCAUCAUCACAUCAUCAAGUGAAUUCACAAGUCAAAUAAAUGGAGGAUUGGCUAAAGGAAGUGACGGCAUCAUAGCUGAUGUCCCCCGUGUAAACAACACACACUGCCAGACCAAUUCGCCAGAAAGCAUAAAAGAAAACCAGGCUCCAACGUCAUGUGACAACCAGAACUGUUUGCCAUCACCCCCCAGCUCCGUCUAUCCAUGCACCAGCACAGUUAAUCCCACAAUAGUCCUGCUGCAACACAACAGAGACCCCACCUCAGAAAGGGACAAAAGCCCCACUCCUGGGAGAGCCUUGGUCAGUCCAGUUGCAGACAUGGACGGGAAAAGACUGCGACUGUCGCUGCACUCCCCUGUCCUGAGUCCUCUCAACAGGCCCAUUGUGCCAGUGCGGAACACGGAAACGUCCAAAGACUGGUACAAGACAAUGUUCAAGCAGAUUCACAAGAUACCCGAGACUAUUGAAGAAAACCCAUACCGCCCCACCUACAUAUUCCCCGACAACUUUGACAUUCGCAUGAAAUCCAAAGAGAACGGCCCUAACCCCUUUGGCUACUUGGAUGAUGGAGUACCACGAUCUCAAAGCGAUACAGAGGUUUGUUCAAGAGCAAGGUCAAUGCCAGUGCCAACACGGUCUUCAUCCCUCAAACCCUCUACUAAAAGAAAUGAGUGGGAGCCCCCAGAUAAAAAGGUAGACACCAGGAAGUACCGCGCCGAGCCCAAGAGCAUCUUUGAGUACGAGCCUGGGAAAUCGUCGGUCCUGAAGCUGGAGAGAACGACUCUGGAUGUAUGUCCGGAAGAUGUAGAUUUAGAGAAUGAGCCGUGGUAUAAAUUCUUUUCAGAGAUGGAGUUUGACAGAGCGAGUGCCCCCUCCUUCAGCCCCCUGGAAACAGCCGCCGACCUACAGAAGUACUCCUCCAGCAAGUCUGGACACAGCGAGGUGGAGAAGGACGGAGGAUCAUCCACAAACGAGCCCGCGGCUCCAGAAUGCGACCGCCAUGUUUACAAGAGUAUUCUGGAAGGCGGCGACAUUCCCUUACAAGGUCUGCGAGCCCUAAACAAGCACCAUGGCAGCUCAUCCCCUUCUAAAGUGGAUUAUAAAGGUGGGAAUGGCUGUAUAGAUCCACCCUGCUCCUCUAUAAAUAGUCAAUCUGUUCUUGCCAGUAACGCAAUAGCUAACCACUGUAAGAAUAAGAAGCCUCUUUCUGCUGCCAAAGCCUGCAUACCCCAAAUCCUGCCCUCUAAAUUCAAGCCCAAGUUGCUGCCGCCUGGUGGUGACAUCCAGGAAAGCAGGACACUGCCUGUGAGGCACCCAAAGGCGCACAGCUUCGAGGAUUUGUACACAACUACGUGUGAUCGUGACAGACCUGAAGAAGAGGAGAGAGAUCUGCAAGGCCAAUAUUCAGACUGCUGUGCUGAUGGCCUCGGGGACGUUUCCCCCGCGAUUAAGAGGAGCGCAUCAGAGUUUUCCAGCUUGUACAAGAUCAUGCAUCACAUUCAGCGGCCCAGCUCAGUGGGCUCCAGCCCCCAAGGCAGCGUCCGCAGCCUCACCUCUCUCUUUGAAGGAGCAAAGGCUGAUGGGGGUGAAAAGUCACAGGCUGGCAUUCCACGGGUCGCUGUGUCGUCACGGGUCACUGAGUUUGAAAUGAUCAUUCAGCGGUCCAGUUUGACACCGAGUCGCUCGUCCUCACUGCCCACUCUGAGCUCCAGCCACGGCCAUAGCCCGCAACACUGCACCCCCCUUUACGUGCCCACUGCAGUGUCAGCUGAGAGCCUUUUGGUGAUCAACGCCACACAGACAGAUUUCUGUGCUUCCAUGGAGACAGGUGGCAAGGAACCAGAUGAGGAGAUUUUGUUACCAGACAGUCAGACCAUGGAGCAGGCAGCCUUCCCCACAGAGGAUGAAGGCCAUGUUAGGGCUGAGUCUGCUUCUUCCACUGACCCUGAAGUUGAACAGAUCUUCAAACAGAGUUCUUUUGAGCACACGCACUCUGCUGUCAUUGAAACAAAGAGUCCUUCCGCCUUGCCUCCAAUGUCCUUCCCUUUACACCACCACCAUCACUUGCACCACCUGAACCACCACCACUUCCCCCUUAAACCCACCAAAUGCAAAGGCUCCUGCCCAGCUUCCUACACCCGCUUCACCACCAUUCUCAGACAUGAGAGGCAGCAGGCCACAGCACAGCAAGAGAAACCAGCAGCACCACCAGAGAAGAAGACCAUGCUGCCUGGAAACCUCCUACUAAUGGGCCCCGCACCCUUCAGGUUGCGUAAGAGCCCACACUCCCAGCAACCUCGGAGGACGCUGUCAGCCACUAAGGUGAAAACAGGCAACCAGAGGCCCCCAAGCUCUUUUCCUGAGCUCAGACCUCUCAUACCUCAGCGUCUGUCCUCCCUGGAGGUCCUGGAGAGGCUGAGUAACGGGGAGGGAGACAACUCUGAGCAGCUGAGUAACGGACAGGGCUUGGACGCCAACGGGAACCUUCUGCAGCCGCUGGCAGCUCACCACAGAGACUUAUCCCCAGCACACGGAGAGAGCCAGGAUGAAGUGCUAAGGAGGCGUCAUGGCGACAAAGAGAAAAUGUUGGAGGAGCAGCGGCGGGUGAAGCGGGAACAGGAAGAGGCUGACAUAGCGUCGAGGCGACACACCGGCAUCGUUCCAACACACCACCAGUUCAUCACCAACGAGCGCUUCGGAGACCUGCUCAACAUCACAGAUAACACAGAGAAACGGAAAUCCGGCAUUGAGAGAACUCCAGCGAUGGCACGCUUCGACUUCAGAGCUGAAAGUCUAAAGGAAUUGCCGUUUCAAAAGGGAGACAUUGUGUACAUCAUUCGACAGGUGGAUCAGAACUGGUAUGAAGGCGAACAUCAUGGAAGAGUUGGGAUUUUCCCUCGAAGCUACGUUGAGCUCCUGCCCCCUACAGAGAAAGCGCACCCUAAGAAAAGUGUGCCAGUGCAGGUGUUGGAAUACGGAGAUGCCAUGGCUCGCUUCAACUUCGCAGGCGACACGGUGGUAGAGAUGUCCUUCAGAAAGGGGGAGAGGAUCACGCUGAUUCGUAGAGUUGAUGAGAACUGGUACGAAGGAAAAAUCUCAGGCACCAACCGCCAGGGCAUCUUCCCCGUCACCUAUGUCGAAGUGCACAAACGACCACGUGUCAAAAAUGGUUUGGAUUACCCCGACCCUCCUGUCUGCUCCUCGCCACAGCGCAGCACCAAUGCGUCCCCUCAGUUGUAUCGUAAUCGCCUGACCACUUCGCCCUUGCCCCUCCCUCGCUCCCCCUGCCGCUCCGUGUCACCCGAAGUCCACGCUGUCUCCUCUGAGUGGAUCUCACUGACCGUGGGAGGUGGAAGCCCACCUGCAGCCCCAACUCCUCCAUUGCCACCGCUGCCCACAGUGUCAUACCGUUGCGGCGAGUACCUGCCCCCACCUUUCUCUGCCAGCCCCGUGCCUCCCAUCGUCGGCAGUCCUUACUGCAUCUCUCCCAUGGCCUCCCCCACUGCCUCACCUCUGCCCCCACCGUACCCGCCCAGGCCCAACUCCGCCACUCCUUUCCUCACUUUCACCCCUCCUCAGGGGGGGGACUUUCUGCUUUCCCCACCCUCACCACACCUGUCACGCAGCAUGAGCCCCAGUGGCGGGCCGGUGCUGGAAGGCUGGCUUAGGGCGGAGAAGGAGUUGACAGAGGGGGAAGGCACAGAGGGGGAUGGGGGCACUAGCCGCGCUGCCCAUGGAAACAGACAAAAUAGUCCUGCAGAGCUUGUGCGGAAUGACAUUGAUCAUCACGGACGCAACUCCAGAAGUCCGGUGAUGCUCUUCGACAUUCAUGAUAACAACAACGUGAACUCAUUUGCGCAACCCCAGUCCCACAGCAGCAGCCCAGAGCCCAACCGUCUCAACUGUGGAAUUUUCCAGGCUCUGUAUAGUUACGCACCGCAAAAUGAAGAUGAGCUGGCGCUUCAGGAGGGAGAUCUCGUCAGCGUCAUGGAGAAGUGUGAUGACGGCUGGUUUGUCGGUACCUCAAAGAGGACGAAACAGUUUGGGACUUUCCCUGGGAAUUACGUGAAGGAGGUGAAACUGUAAAGCGAAGGAAUCUCAACCGUAAUACACGACUGCCUGUCAAGCUUUGGAAAUAUUUUCUAUCACGCAUGGCUGUGGUUUAGCGUAGUCAUAUUGCUAACCUGGCAAAGUGAUUGGUUCAUUCUGAAGAAUAUCAAAUUGCACAUUGAGGACCGUCAUAUGCCCGUUGCCCACACCUCAGCAUGGUGUGUACAUCUACCUGACUGAGGAUACCCUAGAUUCUCAGAUACAAGCUUCCAUCGUGUUAACUUUGCCAGAUGUGUUCACAUAGCACCUCAGUCUGAGUUCAGCAACUCAGCAGAUUAUGAAUGAACGGUGACACGUUGUUACCUGAACUGGAUUUGGGUGUGUCAAAAUGUGUUUCUAUGUGAUGUUAGGUUAGAGUAGCCAAGUACAAUACAAAUCAAAGGAGUUUAUCCAUGUAAACACACUUUCAGAUAUACCCCCAUAUCUAAAACGUGAUUGAUUUUUUUAUUUUUUUGUGUGUUUUACAUUUUUCAGGUUUUAAAAAAGUCAUUAUUGGCUACUUUACAAAAAAAACUCAACACACAACCACAAAAAAGCCUUCAUCGCCGUUUCAGUAUUGACUGCAAGUUCAUUGCAAUUCACUACGGUGUAUCACAAAUCAUGUGCAUACUUACAAACACUUCAAGUGUGCCGUUAUAAGACACAACAAAAGUGUAAAUAAUCACACGCUAUUUAUUUAUCGUGUUAUACUCCUUGUGUCGUUUGUGCUGGCACGUGAUGCCUCAAAAGCAGGUGGUGGUUGACAUCGUGCUCCAGUGCAACCACGGCACAGGCGUGGCAGCACUUAACUUUCUGCUUGGUAACUUAGGGAAACUCUGUCUAAACAAACAAAAACUCUGAAGAUUGAUCAUUGACCCUUUUGUAGCCAACAAUGUGUCUUAAAAAAUAAUGAUUUUGAAUGAUUCAAUGAGAUUGUGUUUGACCUAGAUGUGUUUAGAAACUUCAAGAGGCCUUUUUGUAUUUUAAAAAGCAAUGACAGCGUUUCCCAUACAUAUAUUUAUUUGUGGCGGCCCACCACGAAUACAUUUGUGGACUUCGCUCAUAAACUCAUUAUAAUGGGACUGUGUGUGAAUGUGCAGUAGGUGGCAUCGUGACAGUGCUUCUUAACACAGUGGUCUGCCAGAGAAUAAAAAUACAUAGAAGGAGGGUAAAAUGUUGCCAAUUUAGCGACUAAAAAGUAACCAAACCAGUGACUUUUUUUCUGUGCGUUAAUGGACACUUUUCAUAUCGCUAGUCUUACUGUGACAACCCCACCCCCGGCCGCUCUGUCUUAUUUGUGACAUUAAAAAGUAAUCACAAAAAAAGCAAUAGAAGAAAUGUACUUUGCAUUUAUAAUAGUGUUGUCAAACAAAAAAUACAAUGUAUCUGUUCAAUCACACUUCUGAAUUUUGAAUAAUCGUGACUAAUCGCAGUAGAUUAUUGCUUGCAUAGGUCAAAUUAACAUUGAAAAUAAAAAAUAUUGUCAGAAUGUUAUACCUGCACACUUAGAAAAAAAUGUUUUUUUACUUGAAUGCACUACAUUUAUUUUCUCAAAACUGGGUAGCAGUAUUAUCUAAAGUCCUGUCAGGGUUUAUUUUUGAAAUAAAAUGUUCCACCGAGCACACCAGUCAGAGUAUAGCUACUGUGCACAGAGUAACUUCCUGUUCAGUGCAUACCAAGUUUCAAAAUAAAAGCAUGGUAGCAUUUACCUGGAUUCUACCACUGCCAUAACAAAAUUGACCUUAUAUAGCACCGCCUUUCAUGUAACAAUCCGCAUUUAAGGUAAAAUAAAUUGUGUGAUGAAUCUACAGUACAUGAUUAAUACGAACAUUUUUCGUGAUUCAUCACGUUUUAACUUUGACAGCCCCAAUUUCAAAACAUAUUUAGUUUGCUGUUCGUGCUCUUUUGCUCAUUUUUGUCAUCCAUAAAAAUUCCCUGCUCACGUGUCAUUGCUGAUUAUGCAAAUUAGACAAUGAGGUCAUCCCCCUGCAAACCACCACCACAAAUAGAUUGCAGUGCUUUGGGAAACACUGAAUGACGACAACUUUACCAAAUGAUAUAAGUAGGAAAAUCAGCAUUAGUGCUACAGUACUUGCGCUAUAAAAUCGACAAAUCAAACAAAACUUUCCCAUUUUUGGGAAAGUGCAAAAAAAGGAUGAUACCUCGUUAUUUAGCAAAUUUAACAUUGUUAUCAACCCCUCAACAAAGUGUGCAUAAGUAGGUUUAAGUCAUUCUUAGGGGGUCUAAGUAUGUGACAAGUAGCUGAAGUACAAUAAAUACCUAAUCACGCAUUGCCAGACUAUCAGUAGCCUUUUAGUAGAAUUGUACAAAAUGAAGUGAUACAUUUUAACAUCCAAAAUGUGUUGGUUUCCUGUUGCAUCACAUUGUAUUAUCUUCAUUAGUGCAGUGAGUGUCACACUUUUUUUAAAAAUAAUUUUUAUAACAAGAACUUGUAGCAUCGUCCUCACCCAAGUUUGCUUUUGGGGACAAAAUGGAGUGUUUCUUCCUGACAUGUGUCGCACUGAAUACAUGCUACUGUAUUAUGAGUGUGCCUGUAUAGCACUGAUGGGAUCUAUUUAAACACACACAUCACCAAAAGAAUGUUUUGCUCUCCACCGCUGGCCAAACACUCUCAUGUAACUUGAGCUCCCGGUGAAUGUUUUUAUUUGGGUUUUUUUUUCCACCCUUGCAGAACUUCAGUAACUCUUUGUAAAAACACCUUAAACUCUCAUUAAGUUGUGUCAUAAUAAGUGUGUCGUAACACGUCACAGAAUGUAUGGAUAGAUGAUAUGUGUGGAAGCCUUUAUAAAAUAUGUGAAAGGUCAUCUGCAGCAAUAGAAGGAUUGUAAAUAUGUAAAAUAAGAAAUAGACUGCAUGUGACGGAAGCAUCAGAUGGAGCUUUUGGUCACAUGCAGAGUUUUAUCUACCUGAAGGAUUUUGUCACAGCGUGGAGCAUCACUGAGCACAGGAAUUUGAAUGCAUAUGAACAUUAUAAGCUGCCAUUUGUGAGCUCAUAAUGCCUUAUGUUUGAUGCUAAUUUGUGCCUCAUUUUUAUGUUUUUUUUCCUGAAAUGUUAUCCGUGACAUAUUUAAUGUAUCAAUCAGGGCCGGCUCCUGGCAUAAACAUUAUCAGAAAGGCUUUGGCGACGUUCGAGUCCAUUUAGAUUGUAUUUUCAACAAUGAAAUUUGGAGCCCAGAAAGGUUCAAUUUGACUAGUAACUUAUAAAAGCAAACCUUAGUAAUGUUAAAGACAAAAAUUGGGCCAUCACAAAAAGCCUAGAGCCGGCACUGGUAACAACAGUUUGCCCAUUAAGUCCUAGUCACUUGUGAUGGAACUACAUUCACUGGGAACUCGUCAAUUAUAAAUAUCUAAAGUGUGACAUUGUGCGACAACUUCAUGACUAAUAAUGUUGACGAUUGAAUUAGUUUAAGACGCACGACCCGCCACACGUUUGCUUUCUUUGCUUCAAUCUUGCAGUGUUGUUUCAUUGGCAAUAUCUAAAUAAAGAUGCUAUACACUGCUGUGACUUUGGUAUUAUGCAAUAUUUAAUAAACCAUUUUAAACCAUUGUGUUGGACAAAGAAUCAUUGUAAUUGUAAACAGAAAAAAAAAAUGUACAGUACAUGUGGCAGCAUAGCA